CCCCCCCCAAACUCGCAUAGAAACCUACCCUUAAGAUCUUCUUCUCUCACAGAAGCAUCAAUGGGGAAAGAAAUUUCAGAUCUGUUUCUGCUCCUUGUCCUUCUUCUGAUCUCGUCAGGUAGAAUGGCUUCAGCAGCCACUCUUUCCUUUAAGAAUCAAUGUAGCUACACAGUGUGGCCCGCAAUUAUCUCUGAAAACGGUACCACCCUCGGGCACAACGGGUUUUCCUUGGCUCCUGGAAAAUUGGUACCGCUCAAAGUCGACCCUGGCUGGUCUGGUAGGGUUUGGCCCAGAACGGGGUGCAACUUUGAUUCCUUAGGCAACGGUAAAUGCCUCACCGGUGAUUGUGGCUCACUAAAUUGUAGCGGAGGCGGCCGACCACCUUUCACAUUAGCCGAGUUCAUCACCGCAUCGAAACCCACCGACAAUAAUUUCUACGAUGUCAGCCUGGUCAACGGCUACAAUGUCGGCAUGCGCAUCAAUGCCACCGGCGGAACAAGUGAUUGCCCAUACGCGGGUUGCAUCGUCGACUUGAAUGGUCGUUGUCCACCACAGUUGCAGGUGUUUAAUGUUUCUGGCUCGGUGGUUGCGUGUAAGAGCGCGUGUGAGGCGUUCAACGAGGCCCAGUAUUGUUGCGCCGACAACAACUCGACUGCAGAAACUUGCUCGCGGACACAAUAUUCAGAACUGUUUAAAAAAGCAUGUCCGAACGCAUAUAGCUACCCAUACGAUGAUGUUUCAAGCCGUUUCACUUGCUCUGGGUCAAAUUACUUGAUCACGUUUUGCCCAACAGAUUGGUGAUCAUUAUUGACAGAUUAUAGGGUAAGUGCUUCUUCGUUUAUGGUUUUGUUAUUGGGCUUGGUAUAAUUGGAUGGAACAAUGUAAUGAACCCACUUGGGCCCAGCCGAGCUUGAUGGUUCUCCAAAUGAGUUGUUCCUUUUAUUUGUAUUGAUUUGUUAACCUAUUUAGUGGUCCAUGGGCUUAGUCAGGAAAUUGGCCCACGACCGUAGUUUGCUUAUGGUUGAAUAUAUGUGUUGGAGGAGUCCUUGUAGGGAUUAUCUGGAAAACUUGUAAGCUUUUAGAUAUUUUUCUUUUUGGAGGUCAGGUUCCUCAAAUACCCAAUUUAUCUGUAGGAAUCUUUGAAUGAAUGAAGUUACUUGUGAGAUCCCAA